CGGAUGAGAUGCCGUAUCCCUCCCCCCCCGUGACCAGACGGGACGGGAUGGCUGAUAGUGGGCCGGUAUAGUCGAGGGCGGCCGACGGAGAUUUGGAAACGGUGGGAUUUAGCCGGGCGGGAUCACCGAUUGGCGUUUGACAUAUUGGGAGGGGAGGGAAAUAUUGGAAUAAGGAAAAGAAACAUGAUGGGAAAUUUCUUAUCUUUGAGGGGUGUCAUGUUUUGAAGAAUGAAAAUGACGUGAUGAUGUGAAAUAGAUGAAUGGGUCGAUGGGACAUGUUGGCACAACUAGAGUGGAUGCAUUUAUGAAAUCAAUCGAAAAAGGGGGAGUGUGUCUGGUAUGUACAGGAGUCGCUUUCCUCUCCACUCUGGGUCUUUUGCGUAUUGAGUUGUUUGAAGGAACACAACACAACCACCAACCAAUCUCUCUGCUGGCCAUGAUUAGUCGGGCCUGUGAUCUCUGUUGUCGUCGCUGCACGGGGUCGUUUCUUCAAACAACACAACGGUCGAAGCAACAAACAAGCUUUUUCCUACGCCACGAGAUAGAGAGACAGAUGAGAGAGAGAGAGGUGCGGAAGUCCGUCGCCGUCGCAUUCCGCCGCCCGAUGGCAGUUCAUUUUCCUUGUUGGGGGCGUUUCGGGAGAGGCAGGCAAACUGCUGCAGGCUCGCAUCGCAUCCCGCAUCCCAUCGUCGGGACGCCGCCCACCGCCCACUGGAAUCAGGCAGGCAGGGUUCGCCUAGGUAUCGCCGGGAUACUGAAUGGGUGGAUUGAUUCGUGGUGUACCUGCAUGCGUGCGAACAUGCAUGCAAUGCACGAACGGUCGGAAGGUCGUAUCAUCCAUUCGCAUGUUUUACUGGGGCGGCGCAACCACCCACCCGCCGGUCACUGCACCAUUUCGAACGGUCUUCUUGCAUGCCGAUCUCCCUGAUCUGGAUCUGGAUCUGUCACUUCCACACAUCAGCGCUCCGUCGGCAAGGCAGCGUUAGACGCCUACCUUAAAAUCUGGUUGAUGCCGACGACCUUCACAGCAACACGGUAAAGACAUGCAACACACCACACCUACCCCAACGUGUUGCAGGUCCGUUGAUCAGCUGCCUGUGUUCCCGGUUUCCCACCGCUCUGUACUAUGUUGGGUAGGCUUCAAAUCCGGCCUCGGCUGUCUCGUCCAUCUUGAGAAGCAAUCCACCCACCAACCUAAGGUUAGGGUAUCCAUCCAUUGAUGUUUCGCAAGGCUUCUCUUGUAAGUGCCAACCAACAACA